CAGUCAGUGCCUGUGCCUGUGCCUGUGCCACCGCCUGCUUCCUUUCGCGACGGCGCGCAGCCAAGGUGGCCCUCGUCCUUGCCGCGUCCCCCCCAACCGACCAUCCCUUUGCCCAGUUGAUCGAGCGAGUCCUGCGAGGUCAAUCAAAUCCAGCUUCCGCAACGCUGCGACCGUCGUGACGGUUCAUCUGACUGGUCCCGGGCCGACGUCGACCUGAGUCUUGCAUAUCGACGCCCGCCCGAACCUCCAUGCAGCUGCUCUGCAGGAGGUGCUCCGCAGUCUCAACAAUUAGCCGCGCCAGAUCUACCAGCCCAAACCUAACCUACCGUAAAGUCAAACUCGGUCGAUACUUUCGAAUCCUGGUUCUGGUUAGGCGAUCUGCCGAAAAGAGGCUUCACGGCUACUGCACGCGCGCCGACACCAAAGGCGGAUACCGCACAUUAUUUACCCCUUCCUGCGCCGCCUGACGACGCCGCCGACGCCGCAAUGGAUCACACCUCGUCGACACCGACUUUCCCCCCCAUUCCCCGCAAAGCCCGUGAACGAGGCGAACGAGAACGUGGCCGGCCCCGUGAACAAGAGCGCGACCAAGCCCAGCCAACUUCGCGCCGCCACAACGCUCCCUAUGCCAUCCCGACGCCAGAGCCCACCCAGGAUCGAGAGAACGAUAUCUUUGCCGACUGGUCCGACCGCGACCGCCAGCGAUACGUCAACCGCUACCUGCGGGACCGAGACGACGACAAAGUUUCUCCGCCUGUCCCAGGGUCCCCCGAGGUCAUCUCGUCGCUCAUCACGUCUCUAUCGGCCAUUUCCAGACCGCUGAGCAACCACUUUGACGGGCCUUCUUAUCUCAGCCCCAUCGGCGGCGCCCGCACUCCGAACAACCUGUCUAGCCCGGGCUCCCCUACCGGUCACUCAGGAGGCUCGUUUGGUGUUGACUACGGCGCCUUUUCCCAGCCAUCCCUUGCCGAGCUGCGCGAAGAGGACGUGCCUCUGGAUGAACUCGCGGCCAGCGCCCCGGUGAUACGAACCUCGAAGCCUCCCAGCGGGUAUUCGUCUUUGACGUCGCCAAAGUCACCCAAAAGCCCGGCGAAUCGGGAUACAUCGGGUCUGAAGAGUCUGCUUUCUCGAGGCAGCGGCGCCUUGUCGCGUCCGUCAAGUAGGGGCUCUUUAGCAUCUGCGACUGAGAGCAUUGGAAAGCUGAGCGUCGAGCGCGUCGCUGAGCCAUUGUCGCCCGGAACCGAAGGCAAGGGCCUGACACGGCAAAAGUCCCACGACAGCUGGGGUAAGAAGAGCGGCCGAAACCAGCGUGGGUUAAUGUACAUGAGCAGCAAGGAAAGGCUACGAGAGAAGGAAAACGACAAGAAGAGAGCCAGCAUUGGCGCUGUAGGCGGUAACCCAAACGGUCUCGGUGUUUCUAACGGAAACCUUACACCGCGUCUUGACCCGCUUUCGGCAGAGUCGGUGAUCAACGAAGAAUCGAACCCCGAUUCCCCUCCUCGCCGCGAACGGACCAGCUUUGGCGGUGGAGAAGGUGUCCCCAAUCCCCGACAAAUACCAACUCGAGACUCGUCGCUGCGAAAAACUGGUAGCGGUGCUAAACGGUCUUCUGCUCGUGCGUCACGAACGUCGAAGCGCGACAGUGACGGCGGCCCCAACGCUACCAUUCACGAGAUCGACGAGCAAAGCAGCGGUGGUCGUACUAACCGCGGCGAUACUGCCAGGCAGCGGCCGGGUGCUACGUCGGCCAAGGAGCUUGACCCUCAGAGGCUUUCCGCAGACCUUCCCCGAUCGAACACGACGUCGUUCAGUAAACCGCGCCCAGACAUUUACAGCUCGAGUCCGUCGACUCCGGCUGCAGCCAUGUUUCCAGAUACAGAUCCGUUGGACGAUGGUGCGCCGUCUCCCGCCAUCGCCCAGGGGCGCCGUCGAGACCGCGAAUCCAGCGCCGAUGCGCGCCAUCGUCGUCGCUCCGGCCACUUGACACCGGAUCUCCAUAGCGGGUACAACAGCGAGACAGGGGGUGGUGUAACUCUCAAGGUGAAACGCAGCAGCAGCAGACUUAAGCGGCUCUCUGGCGCUGCAAGCCCUACCCCCGACAAGGCGUCAGAUAAAGGGGUGGCCUCUGGAAACACACACAGCGAUCAGCCACACAUUGCAUACGAGAGACCCAGGAGUGCCGAUAGCAUCGACGAUGCCGUGGAGAGCUAUCUGUGCAGCCCGCGUCUGAGCCAAAAAAUCCGGCACCCACAGACGGGCCGGGUGAUUAGCUUCAGCGAAGUCGGAGAUCCAAACGGAAGCGCCGUCUUCUGCUGCGUUGGAAUGGGUCUGACGAGGUAUAUCACUGCAUUUUAUGACGAGCUGGCGUUGACUCUAAAGCUGCGCCUCAUCACACCCGACCGGCCUGGUGUAGGCGACAGUGAGCCUUAUGCAGAGGGAACUGCAACCCCCUUGGGUUGGCCUGAUGAUGUGUACGCGAUUUGCCAGUCGCUGAAGAUCACAAAGUUCUCCAUCCUGGCUCACUCAGCCGGCGCUAUCUAUGCUCUGGCAACGGCACUCCGCAUGCCCCAGCACAUCCGGGGCAGAAUACACCUUCUAGCGCCUUGGAUUCCCCCGUCGCAAAUGAGCGUGUUCGGUGCUAGUUCUCAGACCCCGUUGCCUCCCACCAACGCGAUACCCACGAGUCAGAGAAUAUUGAGGGCUCUCCCAACUCCGUUUCUUAAGGCUGCCAACAGCAGUUUCAUGACAGCCACGAGCUCCAGCAUCACCAGCUCCCUGCCAAAACAGAAGAGAGCGAAGCGGGACAAGAAAAGCGCCGCAGCCAAGGAGGCCAGCAGAAACUCGAACCAGUCCGGGGUCGAAAAUAAGGAAAACAACGGCCACGGCGGCAGCGCACCCAAGGAUCUGCAGCCUUCGCAGCCGGCGGACGAAGAUAUGGACCGCAUCCGUCCAACAGGGGCGAGCCCCACUAUGGUUGGUCCUGGCGGAACAAAUCCAUCCCACACCGAUGGCAACAGCAGCCACCGCCACAACCGCUCCAACUCAUCCCAGCACGGUUCUCGUCGACAGUCUGAGAAGGAAGAGCACAUCCUCGCAACGGCCGCCGCUCUGGCCAAUUCUCAGCUUGCCGACCGUGAGCGCCAACAGAUGUACGACAACCGCUUGACCCACGCGAUCUGGCACCUGGCGACGACUGGUGCCAACCCCGCAGUAGACUUGCUUGUAUGUCUCGAGCGGCGACAUACCAUUGGCUUCCGCUACGUCGACAUCACGAGACCGGUCGUCAUUCACCACGGCAGCCGCGACACGCGCGUGCCCGUAGAAAACGUCAAGUGGCUGGGCAAGACAAUGCGACGCUGCGAGGUGCGCGUGCUCGAGGGUGAAGGCCACGGCUUGAUGGCCAGCGCCCAGGUAAUGGGGGGUGUGCUCAUGGACGUCAGCCGCGAGUGGGAAGAGUGGAGCCGUGUCACGGGCGCGACGAGGCGAGAGCACGAGAGGACAAGAAGAGGCACUGUGGGUCAGGGCUGGUGAUCCAGCAUGGCGAUUUCUCAAUCGUUUUGCGCGCCAAAUCACUGGCGCCACUGCUGGCGCCCUUUCGGGUGUCACCGUAUGGCAUGGCCACGCUGCAGCUCCAAAUGUAGCCGGCUCAAGCCCCGCCAGGUACUGGUCAUGGGCCAACAUCGACGUUCA